AUGGCCACCCCAGGCUCUCUCUACCCUCCCCCAACCACACCCACCUCCGACUUUGCAUAUGUGAUUACCAACUGCGCCAAAGCCAAGGUCAAGUGGGAAGUUGAGAAAUGCUUCAUCUGGCACGGGGACUGGGCGCCCUGCUUCCCGGACGAGGAAGAUGAGGAACUCAUCGGCGACUUGCAGUCUGAGGAUGGCCAUGGCCACCUGCCUUUGGAAUUCCCAGGACCGCUCCCUGAUCACUUCGGCGCCUCCGUCGUGUGCUACUCUCGUCAGAAUCCCGACGGCUCCAAGUACGAGGUCAUCAACUCCGCAGUCAACGAUCCCAAACAGCGUAUUGCCUUCGCUAUCCGCCUGGUCGUCGGCAAUCAUCCGCAGGCUCUUCCCAUGACCGGUAACGAGCUCUGCAUCUUCCUUCAGAUGACAGGCUUCUUCAACCCUACUUAUCGAAUCCAGGCUAUGGAAAACUAUCUAGCCAGUAACGAAGGUUACGUUGCUGACCGUUCCAAGCACAUUUUCUGCAACGAUGCAGCGGUCAGUGAGGAUGAUGAGGAGAUCCGAAUCGUCAAGUUCGUCGUCGGCCGGGGUGAUCCCCUUAUUGAUUCCAUGUCCUUUUUCCUGCCCCUUUGGCUGGAAGCGCACCAUUUCGAUGACGUCCUCCGCCGAGACCGUGACAUCGAGCGCAAGAAAGCUCGCUUCAGAAAAGAAUUCGCAUUCAAGACGGAGAGGGUUGCUCGCACCUCGGCGUACCUCAUGCAGGUUAAGAAAAAGGCUCUUCAGUAG